UCGCUCGCCCAGCACGGCAGCAGAGCCAGCAAGCGUCACCGACCUCACUCCGCUCGCUCAUCGCGAUCCUCAAACACACACGCACUUCCGUCAUGCGCACGGCCGUGCUUUUCGCCUCGCUGGCGCCGCUCGCCGCCCUCGCACUGCCCGUCACCUCGCCGGCUGACGUGCUGUGGCAGCGCGCCUCCUCGAGCGUCACCAGCGAUGGGUCUGCUUUGCAGGGCCGAUCUUUUGAUUAUGUCGUCGUUGGCUGCGGUCUCGGCGGCAUGGUCACUGCCGCUCGCCUCUCCGAGGACGGCGCCAGCGUGCUCUGCAUCGAGGCGGGCGACGACAUUCGCAACGACCCCGAUGUGACGAACGUCGCUCGCUACUCCGACGUCGUCGGCAGCUCAAAGAACUGGAAGUACCAGACCGUGGCGCAGCCUCAGGCGAACGGACGCCAGCUGCAGGUCAGCGCCGGCCGUGGCCUCGGCGGCUCGACGAGCAUCAACGGCGGCGCACUUACCCGCAGCGCGGCGGGCCAGCUCGAUGCGCUGCAGGAGCUGGGCAACGACGGCUGGAACUGGGACUCCGUGCUCGAGGCGAUGAAGAAGAGCGAGAAAUUCCAUGCGCCUGACUCGAGCCAAGCCUCGGCGGGCGCCGCGUGGAAUUCGUCUGUUCAUGGCGUCGACGGUCCUCUCGACAUCUCUUUCCCCGACACGAUGUAUCGUGGCGAGCCUCCGAAGAAGUUUGUCGCCGCUGUGACGAGCGCGCUUGGCGUCGAGCUCGUCAACGACCUCGGCAACGGCGAGCAGCCGGCAGUUGCAUGGACCCCGAACACCAUCAAGCCAUACUCUGGCGAUGCCCAGACGCGCGUCUCCUCGGCAACGGCCUACCUCUCGCCGAUCGAGUACGAUCGCGAGAACCUCGUCGUGCUCACGGGCCACCGCGCCGCAGCCAUCGCCUGGGCCAGCGACUCGGGCGAUGUGAAGCGCGCGGAGUCCGUCUCGAUCUUGUCGUCUGCCGACGCCGAGCCCUUCUCGGUCACCGUGACGAAGGAGGUUGUGCUGGCAGCCGGCGCCAUCCGCACGCCUCUGUUGCUCGAGGCAAGCGGCGUGGGAGACUCGAGUGUCCUCUCGAAGAUUGGCGUGACGCAGCAGAUCGACUUGCCGGCAGUCGGCCGCAACCUCGUUGAGCAGACGAUGGACAGCGUCGGAGGAAGCUCGGCUGGCGAUGCCGAUGGCUCGGGCCCCUCUGCCACGAUCGCGUUCGUGGGCAUCGGCAGUCUCUUCAGCAAUGCGUCAGAUGUGCGCUCGUCCGUCGAGAGCCAGCUGGACGGCUGGGCGCAGCAGGCCGUUGACGCCGGGGCGCACAGCAGCAAGGCGGGCCUGCUCAAGCAGUACCAGAAGCAGGUCAAAGGCAUCUUCGAUGGCGGUUGGGGCGUCUUUGAGCUGUUCAGCGACAUCGGCUACCCAGCACCUUUCGGAAUCGACAGCUGGGCGCUGCUGCCGUUUUCGAGAGGCUCCGUGCACAGCACCUCUGCGUCGCCGUUUGCCGACCCCGAGCUCGACCCGCGCUACUUCACCAUUCCCUUCGACAUGGACGUCCAGGUCGCCGGCCUGCGCGCCGCACGCCGCGUGCUGCAGGCAAUGGGCGUCGACGAGCAGAUUCCCGGCUUCGACACCAUCCCCGACGGCAGCAAUCACGGGCGCUACAGCCGCUGGGAGGACUGGGUGCGCGACGGGUUCUCUUCUGUUGCUCACCCCAUCGGAACCGCCGCGAUGAUGCCUCGCGAAGACGGCGGCGUCGUCGAUGAGCAGCUGCGCGUCUACAGCACUUCCAACGUGCGCGUCAUCGACGCCUCGGUGUUGCCGAUGCAACAGUCGACCCAUCUCAGCAGCGUCCUCUACGGCAUUGCCGAGCGUGGCGCCGAGCUCAUCAAGGCCGCCAACUAGACUUCUUCCUUUCAUACACCUUACAUUGAGAGCUCGCCCACUCAUUGGUGCUCGCAGCGGCUCACA